AUGGAUCCUCUAAUUGAGAGUAUGCUUCGAGCCUCCUUGGAUGAUGAAAAGGAGCCAGAGAGGUCAGACGAAUCUGGUAAUUCUGAUACAGAAGACUCAACGUCUAAUCAAGCCGAGACGGCAAUAACCGUUCCAUCACAACAUGGAGGCCGACAGACAGGACCAAAAGGCGUCUUGGCAGAUCAUGCUCAUUACAUGAAAAUGGAAAGAGAACGCAAAGCAGCCGAAAUCAGCGCUCACAACAAGAGAAUGCUUUCAAAAGCUCCAACGACUACGACUUAUCGUGAAGAUCAAGCCAAGAAAGAAGCCGACGAGAAAUUACUGCAAGAGCUGGAGAAUAUGAGCUCGGACGAUGAAGAAGAGGUACUACGUCGGUAUAGGGAGCAGCGAUUGUCGGAAAUUCAGAAGGCAGCAUUGAGGAAACGAACUGGACCAUUAUUUGGCAGUUUGAGAGAGAUAUCAGCAAGUCAAUAUGUCAAAUCUAUCGAUAACGAAGGAGCAGACGUCUCCGUAAUAGUGCACUUGUACGAAAAUGAGAUUCCAGAAUGUCGUGUGCUAAACGAAUGCUUGGUACAUUUGGCGCGAAAGUAUAUCAGUGUGAAAUUUCUUCGUGUGCAAGCGCGAGAAGUUGAAUUUGACCUUGUUGGUUUACCUGCCUUGCUAGCAUACAAGAAUGGCCUCCUAAUUGCCAAUCUGGUCAAAGUAACUGACGAGAUUGGAGAACGCGAAUUCGAUGCUAAUGUUGUCGAGGAAAUAUUAAUAAGACACCAUGCAUUAAGUGCAAAUGAAGUGAUAAAUACACAGGCCGACGAUUCACCCGACGAUGAAUAA